UUGUAACGUUGAUGGGUUUAAUCAGAGACGAGAAAAUGGGGAAAAGUGGUGGAAACCCCAUUGAAUGGUGACUCUCCUGAACAUUGAAGAUGCUGCACCUAAGGUGGCGGCGCUCGUUCUUCGUAACCCUAUUCUUUGAGCAUGAUCCUCUCUCACUAUCUCCCUGAUCAUGCUCUCUCUGCGACCCACUCGCAGAUUCUGCCACUCCUCCUCCUCCGCCGUCGCCGUCGCCGCCGCCGCCGCAGCCGCAACCGAAACUCCUCGAAAUCGCGUUCAGAGCACCAAACCCUUAGAACCCCCUGCUCUCGACAAGCUCAAAGCAGAGAGAAACCCAGAGAAGCUCUUUCACCUCUUCAAGGCCAAUGCCAAUAACCGUCUUCUGAUCGAGAAUCGCUUCGCAUUCGACGACACCGUUUCGAGGCUCGCCGGUGCUCGCCGUUUUGAUUACAUCGAGGAGUUGCUGGAGCAGCAGAAGAGACUCCCACAGGGUCGACGUGAAGGUUUCAUUGUUAGGAUUAUCAUCUUAUAUGGCAAAGCUGGCAUGACCAAGCAUGCCAUCAACACUUUCUAUGAUAUGAAUUCGUUUGGUUGUCGUAGAACUGUUAAGUCUUUUAAUUCUGCUCUUAGUGUCUUGGCUCUGACACGAAAUUUUGACUCAAUUGUUGAUUUUUUAGCACUUGUUCCUCUUAGGUUUGACAUUCAAUUAGAUACCUUUUCUAUCAAUAUUGCUAUUAAGGCAUUUUGUGAAAUGGGAAAGCUACAAGAGGCUUAUUUGUUUUUGUUAGAGGCUGAGAAUAAGGGUAUUCAACCGGAUGUGGUGACUUAUACUACUCUUAUGUCUGCAUUUUACCAGAAUAAAAGGUGGGAAAUUGGGAAUGGCUUGUGGAACCGUAUGGUGUUGAAGGGUUGUAUGCCGAAUCUUGCCACGUUUAAUGUUCGGAUACAGUUUCUGGUUACUGUGAGGCGAGCUUGGGAUGCUAAUGCUUUGUUGGGUUUGAUGCAGAGAGUGGGGGUUGAACCUGAUGAGGUUACCUUUAAUUUGGUGAUCAAAGGUUUUUUCCAAGCUGGUUAUAUUGACAUGGCAAAGAGGGUUUAUUCUGCACUACACGGGAAGGGGUAUAAACCUAAUGCUAAGAUUUACCAGACCAUGAUUCAUUAUAUGUGUAAGAGUGGGGAUUUUGAUCUGGCAUACACUAUGUCCAAAGAUAGUAUGCAGAAGAAUUGGUUUCCGAGUGUAGAUACCAUAUAUAUGCUGCUGGAAUGCCUAAAGGGAAAUGGGCAGAUUGAUAAAGGAAGGAUGAUCCUUACAUUGGCUAAGAGAAGAAAACCUCCCUUCUCUGCCAAUCAUUUGGCUGCCAUGCAAUCCAUAUUAUCCAAGAGUUUUGUAAAGCAGGGGGGAGAUGCCUCUAUGUAUUUGUCUAGGAGUCUCCUUAUUCGGACCCUGAGGCUUUCUGGAGGGUUUCUGUCCACGCUGCAUGAUGUAUGCACUUGGCUUAAUGAGAACCUUGAAACUCUUCCUUCAAACCAUAGCUCCCUUCCAAACCCAAUGUCGAAGUCCAUUCUUUCUCGAAUCAAACCUCGUCACCGCCUUAAAGCCACGGCCUUUACGCCUCCCGGUAUCAAGAACCUCGUUCUCGACGUCAUCCGAAUCCUUAAAACCCAGCAGCAAUGGCAGGAUUCCCUCGAAUCCCGCUUCGCGGAAUCCGAGGUUGUUGUUUCGGAUGUUGCCCAUUUCGUUAUAGACCGAAUACACGACGCAGAACUGGGUUUGAAGUUUUUUGAUUGGGCUUCGACGAGACCCUUUUCUUGUUCUCUCGAUGGGUUUGCGUAUUCUUCUCUUCUGAAGCUCUUGGCGAGGUUCAGAGUGUUCUCGGAGAUCGAGUUGGUGUUGGAGAACAUGAAAGUGCAAGACUUGAAACCUACCCAUGAAGCAUUGAGCACUGUGAUUCGUGCUUAUGGAGAAUCUGGGUUGGUUGAUAGGGCCCUCCAGUUAUUCCAUACAGUGCGUGAAAUGCAUAAUUGUUUUCCCACUGUUGUCGCUAGCAAUUCGUUGUUGAAUGGUCUAGUUAAAAACCGAAAAGUUGAUAUUGCGCGCCAGCUGUAUGAUGAAAUGCUUGAAACAGAUGAUGGUGUGGGUGCUGUUGUGGAUAACUAUAGCACCUCCAUAGUGGUGAAGGGCCUGUGCAAAUUGGGGAAGGUUGAGGAAGGUAGGAGGUUAAUUGAAGAUAGAUGGGGAAAAGGUUGUGUGCCACAUGUUGUGUUUUACAAUACGAUUAUUGAUGGGUUUUGCAAGAAGGGUGAUCUCCAAGGUGCAACUAGAGUUCUCAAGGAAUUGAAAUUGAAGGGGGUUUUGCCAACAUUAGAAACUUACGGGGUUUUGAUUAAUGGAUUUUGCAAAGCAGGGGAGUUCGAAGAAGUUGAUCAACUUCUGAUAGAAAUGACUGCAAGGGGAUUGAAUUUGAAUGUACAAGUGUUUAAUAAUAUUAUUGAUGCUUAUUACAAGCAUGGUUUGGUAACAAAAGCAGUUGAGACAAUGAGGAGGAUGGUUGACAUGGGUUGUGAGCCAGAUAUUGCAACUUACAAUACACUGAUUAACUUUUCAUGUAGGGGUGGGAAAAUUGAAGAAGCUGAGGAACUCAUAGAGAGGGCGAUGGAAAGGAGAUUGCUGCCUAAUAAGUUUACUUAUACACCCGUCAUGCAUGCUUAUUGCAAACAAGGGGAUUAUGUUAAAGCAUCUAAUAUGCUUUUUAAGAUUGCUGAAACAGGAGAUAAACCGGACUUGGUUUCUUAUGGAGCUUUUAUCCAUGGAACUGUCGUUGUUGGGGAAAUUGAAGUUGCACUGAUGGUCCGAGAGAAAAUGAUGGAGAAGGGUGUAUUUCCUGAUGCUCAAAUUUACAAUGUGCUGAUGAGUGGUCUCUGCAAGAAAGGGAGGUUUCCUGCUGCCAAACUGCUACUUUCAGAAAUGCUUGAUCGUAAUGUUCAACCUGAUGCAUAUGUUUAUGCCACCUUAGUAGAUGGGUUUAUUAGAAAUGAUGAACUUGAUGAGGCAAAAAAGCUUUUUGAAGUCAUAAUUGGAAAGGGUAUAGACCCUGGCACUGUGGGGUACAAUGCAAUGAUUAAGGGUUUCUGUAAAUUCGGAAAAAUGACAGAUGCUAUGUCAUGCUUCAAUAAGAUGAAAAAUGUGCAUCAUGCUCCAGAUGAAUACACUUAUUCCACAGUUAUAGAUGGAUAUGUGAAACAGCAUGACUUAAAUAGUGCACUCAAGAUGUUUGGACAGAUGGUGAAACAGAAAUUCAAGCCAAACGUGGUCGCCUACACCUCCUUGAUCAAUGGAUUCUGCAAGAAAGCAGAUAUGAGCAGCGCUGAAAAAGUUUUCAGAGGGAUGCAAUCUUUCAAUUUGGAGCCUAAUGUUGUCACAUACACUAUACUAAUCGGGGGUUUCUUUAAUGACGGUAAACCUGAAAAAGCAGCAUCCUUUUUUGAGCUAAUGCUGAUGAACAAUUAUCUUCCAAAUGAUGCUACAUUCCAUAAUCUGAUAAAGGGUUUAACAAAUAUUACGACUAGUCCAGUUCUUACUGAGAAAAAUGAGUCCAAGGAAAACGACAGGUCCUUGAUUUUGGAUUUCUUUGCAAUGAUGAUAUCGGAUGGAUUCAACCGAGUGAUUGCUGCAUAUAAUUCUGUUAUUGUUUGUCUUUGUAAGCAUGGAAUGGUUGACACUGCUCAAUUGUUGCAAACUAAGAUGUUGAGUAAGGGCUUUGGUAUGGAUUCUGUAUGUUUCACUGCUCUGCUACAUGGCUUAUGCCAAAAAGGAAAAUCAAAAGAAUGGAGGAAUAUUAUAUCAUGCGAUCUAAAUAAGAUUGAACUCCAAACUGCUGUUGAGUAUUCCCUGACAUUAGACAAAUACCUAUAUAAGGGAAGGCUCUCAGAGGCUUCGCUUAUUUUACAAACCUUGAUUGAAGACUCAAAGUUUUCUGAUCAACCAGUGGAAGAUCUAAAGGUUAUAGUAAGAUAGGGAGUGAGGAAAUUCCCAUACUUCAUUCCGAAAUUCUGCAAACUAAAGAAGUCAAUCAACAUAGCAGUCUCAUAUGAAUUUUAAAAAUGCUUCCAUGCUUUCUUAGAAUCAUCAUGCCACAAGCAUUUUAUGAAGAGGCUAUUAAUGAAUAAUUGGUAGUUUCAACCUUUUGCAGUAUUACUGGCAUGCUUGAUAGAUACAAAAUUGCACACUUGCAAUUUAUACUGGCGUGGAAUCAUCAUGUGCAUCUCUGUAUUAUACUCAUGUAUAGUAUAGUAGUUAUGCACGGAUUGAAAUUGUGAUAUACUUUGUAGUGUAGUAAAAGGGACACUUGGAUUCUUAUUUGUGAUAUGGCAAGAAGUCAAGAACAGAGCUAAGAGCAGAGGAGAAUGGUUGGUUCUGCAGUCUGCAACUAUUGGGCUCGUGGGACUGGUUAGCCAAUAUAUCUCAUUGGGCUUUGGGCCAGUUUCUGUGGAUGUUUUAAGGGAGACAAUGGGCUGUCAUCGUAAUCUGGGCUUUCAGAUUUUGCUUAAUUAAUAUGCGAAGGGGUCACAAUUCCCCUUAUUUUUAGCCCAUAUUGUGUGGCUCGUUGCCCCUUUCAGCUGUUUAUACCAAGUGGGCAA